CGCGCUGAGCUCGCCCCAUGACCAGCCCAAGGCAUGCGCGAUAUGAGCCCAAGCGCAUGUAUCGACGAACCCCGCCUGUAACUCCGUGCCCUGCUCUGAAGGCAACGCUUCCACUUCAGAAUACAAAAACAGCUUCAUUCAAAACUGUCAAAGCCGCGCAACCUGCAUUGCCUGUGAGAUGAGCUCCACAAAGCCUCGCAAACUCAAUAAGCGGACAACAGCUGAUGAAGCACUUAAAGGAGGCAUAGAUGUGAAAGGUAGAAGCAACUCGAACGCGCGGGUGUGGUUGGGAUGGGCCAACCACUCAGCUGACGCCAGGCAGCUCCCUCGCGAUGUGUACAUUUCAGCGCAGUGUUCAAGCGAUUUCGUGUACAUUUCACAGGCAAGGUGGCCGUGGUGACGGGUGGGAAUGCUGGAAUCGGCUUCCAGACGUGCAGUUCCCUCGCUCGCGCGGGAGCCACGGUCUACAUGUGUGCCCGGUCCGAGCAGCGAGGGCGGGAGGCCAUAGAAGCCAUCAGGAAGGAGCCGGGCGGCGAGGGCGCCGAUGUGCGGCUGGUGCUGAUGGACCUGGCGGACCUGAGCUCAGUGCGCCGCGGGGCGGAGCAGCUGUUGAAGGAGCUAAGCAGCGAUGCAUCGCCGGGCACACAGACAGGAGCGCAGGAGCAGCAGCAGCAGCAGCAGGUGGUGGAGGGCGGGAGUGGUGGAAGUGGGAGUGCGGUGCUGCACAUGCUCAUCCUCAACGCGGGCGUGGUGGCCGCGCCCAUGCCGCACACGGCUCAGGGCCUGGAGCCCCAGACCGGUAUCAACCACAUCGCCCACUUCUACCUCACGCAGCAGCUGCUGCCGGCGCUGACGGGGCACGGGACCCCGGCGCGGGUGGUGGUGGUUGCCUCAAAGGCGCACGGGGCGUUCGGGGACGACGUGUUGGACGCCGACGACCUGAACUGGGAGAAGCGCACUGCGGCCGGCAAGUACGGCAUGUGGGCGGCCUACGCACAGAGCAAGCUGUGCAACGUGCUGUUUGCGCUGGAGCUGGCGGACAGGCUCAAGGACACCCCUGUGCGGGUCUUCUCGCUGCACCCUGGAGUCAUCUUCACGUCUCUGGAGAGCAACCUGCCGCUGCUGCUGCGGGCGGUGAUGCGGAUGGUACUAUGGCCGAUGUCCAAGUCCGUCAAGCAGGGCGCCGCCACCAGUGUGUAUGCGGCCACAGCUCCGGAGCUGGAGCCGCCGCACCUGAGCGGUAGCUACCUGGAAGACUGCGGACCUGGCAAGACCAGCGCGCCGGGCCGCGACAAGGAGCUGGCUCGCCGCGUGUGGGCCGCCAGUGAGCAGCUGCUCUCCAAAGCACUGAAGGGCGACGCGGAGGGUGUGGAGGGCGCUGCCGCGGGCGGUGCUGGGGGCGGCGCCAUCGCCAGCGUGGCGGAGCACUGAGCGCGGCAGUGUGCUGGCUGGCUGGUCUGUGGGGCUGUAGCGAGCAUUGUGCGGCGCCCCGUGACGGCCUUCCUGAACAGGUGAAACAGCCGUUGGGAGUGGCGUGUGGGGCCUGAUGCGCCCGCGAGGUGGUGUGCCGGCGCGAUGCCGUGUGGCGCGCUUUGGCACACAUGCGUAUGAGCAUGCAAGCAAGAUGUACGAGAAAGAAGUUGUGGUUUGAUGUGGCUCACAAAUGGUGGCGGCGCUAGCGUGGGAGGUUGUGGCUGUACAGCGUCAUUGGGGUGCGGCAUGCCCCUACAGCUGGAUUGCACCUCUCAGUAGACUUGGUGCUGUUACCCGUUUCGACGUGACUUGUAACGAAUAUUUGAA